CACAGUCACCAUGAAGCUGGGCUCUGUCCUCAUGGCUGGGGUCCUCUACUUUUCUCCUACGAUGCUCUGGGCAGUCCAGAUGCUGCUGGCUGGAUAUCAUGCUGCUGCCGGUUUUGAGAUGCUGCAAUGUGAAGGACCAGUCAGGACCCAGGACAGCAGCUGCGAUACCCAGGAGGACCCAAGGGAAGUUGACUUCCAGGUCAAGGGCUACACUUUCAGUAAACCCUUCCAUCUGAUUGUGUCUUACGACUGGGUGAUCCUCCAAGGUCCAGUCAGCCCUAUAUUUGAAGGCGACCCACUGAUUCUACGCUGCCAGGCCUGGCAAGACUGGCCACUGACCCAGGUGACCUUCUACCGAGAUGGCUCAGCAAUGGGUCCCCCUGGACCUAAUAGGGAAUUCUCCAUCGCUGUGGUGCGACAGGCUGACAGCGGGCACUAUCACUGCAGUGGUAUCUUCAGGAGCCCUGGUCCCGGGAGCCCAGAAACAGCAUCUCCCGUGGCUAUCAAGGUCCAAGAACUGUUUCCAGCCCCACUUCUCAGAGCCACCCCCUCAGCUGAGCCCAAAGAGGGGGACCCAGUGACCCUGAGCUGUCAGACAAAGCUGCCCCUGCAGAGGUCAACCGCCCGCCUCCUCUUCUCCUUCUACAAGGACAGCAGGACAGUGCGUGGCAGGGGCCUCUCCCCAGAAUUCCAGAUCCCCACAGCUUCAGAGGCACACUCUGGGUCCUACUGGUGUGAAGCAGUCACUGAGGACAACCAAGUUUGGAAACAGAGCUCCAAGCUGGAGAUCCAGGUGCAGGGUCCCUCCAGCUCUACUGCAUCCCCCACCUUGAAUCCAGCUCCUCAGAAAUUAGCUGUUCCAGAAUCUACUCCAACAGCCUCUCCUGGACUUCAGCCUCCACUGUCCACCCCUUCUAAGGAUCCAGGCUUCUCCUCUCCUCUGCAGGUGCCAGACCCCCAUCUGUAUCACCAGAUGGGCAUUCUUCUCAAACAAAUGCAGGAUAUAAGAGCUCUCCUUGGUCACCUAGUCAUGGAGCUGAGGGACUUAUCUGCCCUCCUGAAGCUUGAGACUACAAAGCGUUCUGCCAAGUAUGAGUAAAUAAUUCAUUUGCAGUAUUGCUCAACUACUCCCAAUAAAUUCAACUUUUUCUACUUUUCCUC